AUGGCAGCUACAACAUGCUGUGCUGUGUUAAACGGGUUGGGAUCUUCCUUCUUAUGUGGAGGCAAGGUUGGUGAUGUUUCCGCCGUUAGUCCCACAAGACUUGUUGUGGCAGCAGCUGCUAUACUGCCCCAAAGAAGUCAUGGAUCCUGCUGUCAAAGCUGGUGGCUUGCGAGUGACUACGGUUUUGAUCCACUAGGCCUAGGCAAAGAUCCAGCAUUUCCUCAGAUGCAAUGUCAUUGCUCCUUUCUCCUUUGGUUCUCUUUUGGGGACACAAUUGCUUCUCAUGGUUGGGUUGAGAGACGGGUGGAAUGGGCCACACCGUGGUCAAGAACUGCCGAGAACUUUGCCAACGCCACCGGGGAUCAGGGCUACCCCGGUGGGAAGUUCUUAAUUGACCCUUUGGGAUUAGCUGGCAAAAUCGAGGAUGGAGAUUACGUUGCACACAGAAAGAAGCUAGAGAGGCUGAAAUUGGUUGAGAUUAAGCAUGCUAGCUAUGCUGCACAAGGGAAAACACCCCUUGGUGCCCUUGGCUUGUAA